GCCCGAGAGGGCGCGCGUAUCGGUGAGAAGAAGAGUUCCAAAUUCUCUCCCUCCCCGCCCGUUCCCCCCUACACUCACCAUUUCUUCGCUACGUCAUAUGCCAUUCUUUGGCUCGAGUAGCUAUUGACCGAAUGUCAUUCUUUGGCUGGACUACGUUGACAAGAUGGAUUGCUCUUACCAGUGUUGUGAUCAUGUCCUUAAAGUCUAUUCCAUCCAUGGCCAUUAUUACUCAUGGAUUUAUCAAUAACGGGAGGAGUUAUCGGUGAUACGUCUCAGGUGGGAAGUCCUUGAAUUCUUCAACCACGAUCUGGAAUCGCCGCCCUGUGGCUGUUGAUUUUGCAUCGAAUUUCAUCGAAACAUUUUGAAUUUGUCGUUUUGUCUGUAAAAUGGUCCUCAGGAUCGUUGUCGUCGGCGGAGGAGUAAAUGGGAUCGGAACAGCUUUGGCUCUGAAGCAGAUAUUACCAAACUGCCAACUUACAGUCGUCAGCAAGGAUUUUACGCCGGACACAACAGGUGAUGGCGCAGCUGGUAUGUGGGGUCCAUAUCUGGUGGAAGGUACACCUGAUGACAAGAUAAUACAAUGGAGUCAAGACACUUGGAAUCUGUUUAGUGAAUGGUAUAAAUCUGAAGACCGCUUGAGCUGGGGUGUCUCCUUGGUACCAGGAGUAACUGUAUCACAGCGUGAAUUACCUGAGGAAAAAUGGAGUCAUAUACCCAUUUCGUACAAAACACUAACCCAAGUUGAAUGUUCAAAGUAUGGACGUAAGUAUAGCUCUGGUUAUCAGUUUACUACUUUGAUAGCAGAGCCCUCCAGGUUUCUCCCAAAGCUGAUGGCAAAAGUGGAAGAAUAUGGUGGCACUUUUGUAAAAAGGAGAUUAAGUUCCCUAGAAGAGGUUGCAUCUACAGCUGAUCUUGUCAUGAACUGCAGUGGACUGGGUGCCAAGGAUUUAGUUCCCGAUGACUUGGUGUACCCAUGCCGAGGACAAGUGAUGAGGGUACAAGCCCCAUGGGUGAAAGAAUUCUUUGCUGAUGAAUCAGAGGAAUCCUUCUGUUAUAUUUUGCCUAAUAUAGACAAAGUAGUUCUUGGAGGUACCCAUCAAGACAAUGACUGGAGAAGAGAAUUAGAUCCUAUUGAUAGGGAGACAAUCUGGAGAAACUGUACUGAAAGUAUGCCUUCUCUUAAGAACUGUGAGGUGGUGAAAGAGUGGGUUGGACUUCGGCCCUGCAGGAAGGGUGGAAUCCGUGUUGAUACAGAAGAGAUAUUUGUUAAAAAUCGUCAUAUUCCUGUUGUGCAUAACUACGGACAUGGAGGCUGUGGAGUUUCAACAUUUUGGGGGUGUAGCAAGGAAGCCGCUUCUCUAGCAGUAAAUCUUAUUCAAAAGUACUACGGAUCACCCAGCAAACUCUGAGGCUCAAGUCACAAUAGAAGCCAGUACAAUUCAGUUAUUGUAACUUCAGGCUGUAUCAGAUCUCUGCUUAUCAUAUAUAAUGCCCUGCUUGAUUCCAGAUAGAAAGGUAAACCUUCAUUCAUUUCACCAGGUUAAUGACUUUAGCCUUAUGUAUAUCUAGAGAUAAGUGUCAUAGCACUUAUAAUUGGCAUAUUUGCAGUCACCUGGUUGGGAAAGCUUUACUCUUGGUAAUCUACCCAAAGGAAUAAAACCACCAGCUUACUAAAUUCCAGUCUAAUUCACUACCUGGGUACUGUACAGUGUCUACUUAGGAGCUUCACACAGUUCCCAUAAAUCCUGGCUGCAAGUAUCAUGUUGGGUGGCAGCUUUGGAAGACUUCCGACCUUAAAUAGCCACUUGGUUGAAUGUAUAGAAAUGAGUAUGUAGUGAAACAUAAUUCAGAAGCACAACUACAGUAAUUUGUUACAAUACAAACCAAUUACAGUGGGGGGCCCGUAUUCGCGGACUCGCACAUUCGCGGAUUUCUCUCGGGAAAGUUUCCCCGCAUUAUUCGCAGAAAAUUCGCAGUAUUUUUCUAUGAGAAAUAAUCCAUUAAUUCCUGGUUUUUUUUUAUCAAUUUCAUCAUAAAAUGCACUUUUUG